UGAAAUUCUCCUAGCCCUAGCUAGCCACAAACAUGAAACAUUGGUUUAUUUUCUCGUACGUACUGUUUAUUUAAUUCAUAGGCUGUCUCAUCAUCAUCAGUUCAUUUCCAUCAUAUCAUCAUACAUCUUCUUCCUCCCUCACUGCACACAAAUUCAAAACUCCUGCAGCCUAGCUACCUACCUAACAAUACCAUGCAAGCUCAUCAAAAGCCUAAUUUCACCCACAUGAUAAAAGCCUCUAGAGAAAAUAAUAUGCCGCCUCGGGUUGGCGAUUCCACCUUUUUUGGAACGAGAGAGAAUACCUCGACCACCUAUUGGCGGGGACAACGAGAUGAUGAACUACUAGUUGAUGAUGAUGAAGAUGUAGCCUCCACUGUUCUGUCUCUAGGCCCUCCUGGCCAACAUCAUAGUAAAACAAGCCACCAAAACCCUAAGAACCAGCUGCACAAGUACGACAAUGAAUGGGGUGUCACAGUGGCGUUUCACAUGGGCCCGACGCCAUCGCCUUCACCGCUUGGAGCUACCAGCAGCAGCUCAAGCAAUUUUAGCCCGAGCGGCGGUGAUGUGGAAGCGGCAGCUACGGCUGGAGGAGGAGGGCUUUCACUUGGUCUUAGGCAGUACUGGAUUCCUACACCAGCUCAAAUCCUUGUUGGCCCCACUCAAUUCUCUUGCACUGUUUGUCACAAAACAUUCAAUCGCUUCAACAACAUGCAGAUGCAUAUGUGGGGCCAUGGCUCACAGUACAGAAAAGGGCCGGAUUCCCUAAAAGGAACAAAACCACCUUUCUCCUCCGCCUCCACCGCCGCCGCUUCAUCGAGGUUAAGGCUGCCGUGCUAUUGCUGUGCAGAAGGAUGCAAGAACAACAUAGAGCAUCCAAGAUCAAAGCCAUUGAAGGACUUCAGAACCCUCCAAACACACUACAAGAGGAAGCAUGGUUUGAAGCACUUCUCCUGCCGGAAGUGCGACAAGGCCUUCGCCGUGAGAGGGGAUUGGAAGACUCACGAGAAGAACUGCGGGAAGAUUUGGUUUUGCAUUUGCGGGUCGGAUUUUAAGCACAAGCGAUCCCUCAAAGACCACGUCAGGGCGUUCGGGGAUGGGCACGCGGCACACAGCGAGAGCUCGUUUCAAGCAUCUCGCUGCUACCGUCCUCACACAGAGGACCCCGAGGAGGAGGAGGAAGAAGAGGAAGAAAGCGACGGUGGUGGUGAAUAUGACCACGAGCAGCAGCACGUGUCUACCUGUGCAGGAGCAUUGUUCAUCAGGUAGUAUGGCAUAUAGUGACGUUGCAUGCAUGUGAAGAUCGAGGUGAAAGUUGUAGUAGCUAGUAGCAGCAGUUCUUGUGUACGUACGCCGUGACAGCGAUAGAUGAGAUUAUUAUUGACUACUAGUGCCUUUUGGCAGUUUGCGCCUGUUUGCUUUUGUGUAGUAUCAUGUUCUCCCCAAAUGGUUACUUUAGUGACUUUAGUGAGUUUUGGAGAAAUGUGUACACAUGUGUGUUUUUUAUAGAAAUUUUGUCUGUUACAGACAACUUAAAAUCAGUUGUCUGUCACAGACAAAAUUUCUGUAAAGAACAGAUAUGUGUACACAUUGUGUACCUCAAGCAUUUUUCUACUUUCGUUGGAUUGAUUUGUAUAUUACGUAUCGUAUAUUCUAGUGUUGUUUAUGAAAUUAUUGAUGAGUUAAAUUAGUUUGCUGAAUGAUAGAAAAAUAAUAUUUAAUUUUUU